AGUUUAGGUUUCUGCCAUAGAUGAUAGGUUUCUGCUGUUUUAUAUGUGCUGACUGCGUGGUGUAUAUAUGUAUGGUUACAUUGUACUCUUAUUAAAAAAAAUCUGAAAUAAAACGUUAUUUACCGACUGGUAUUUUAAGAAUUUAAAAGUGUUUCUACUGAUAUUAAUAGCAACGCUCAAUAGUUUAUAAAAUAAAAUGACUUAGUGUCAUAUCUGUAAAUAUGUUAAUAUGAUUACAAAAUGAGAAAAUUUUAUUUUCAGAGCCUUAUUACUCAUACCAUAAUUUGGCGUAAAUAAACAGUAAUUACUGAAAUGUCUUCAGCAGAAAUAACCAUUAGAGUAGUUACAAACCAUGUAGAAGAUGAUAGUUAUAUGUUAGAAGAAUACAAUGUUGAUGAUUUGCAAGACGGCAAUUGCCAAAGUAUUGCAUGUGCAAAUGCAACCAUCUCAACAAUUUAUUUACAAGAUGGACAGUAUCUUGUUUCUGCAGACGACCCGACCAUCCUAUUAGAGAGUUCAAAUGAAGAUGUUAAUCAGUAUGUUUUGAAUGAUGAAGUAAAAAUGAAGGUGGACAUAAACAACCCGCAAGUUUUGGGUAAUGUAGGAAUGGUUCGGUACUAUGAUGAAGAAUCGAGACAAAUCUAUUAUUGUAAAACUGUAAACGAAGGCGAUUCGAAUUACAAUACGGUCACUUCGGAAAAUAACGGUAUCGUUUUGGCUGAUAACGAAAUUGUCAUAAACAGUGAGCAUGACCUAGUCGAAAAUGAAUCUAUUAAACUUGAGCAGCCACAAUUUACGAUUAACGAUGAUAAUUCGGUCGAUACUGUAGACCAGAACAUGGUAGAGUUACCUUUAGAAAAUGUAGAACCCAUUGCAUGUGUAAAUGAACGAACAAAAUAUUCAUAUGCUAUUUUAAAAGAUGGCAAAUUACACUUGCGCACGAUGGAACCGCUGUCUUCCGACGUUCAAUUAAGAACUGAACAGGACGAUCGCAUUGCGGCUCAGUUGGAGGCACUUCAACAAUCGAUAUCGUUCGAUAACCCGGGAGUGGUAUGCGAUUUAGGAAGUAUAACAGGGAAAAAUCUUAUAACAGGUCAGGUGGUUACUCUUGACAGUUAUUUAGAACGUUUGGAAAAAAGAAAAGGUACAAUACAGGAAGAAUUACUAAGAAGUCCUGUAAAGAGGCAAUCCGGUAAUUAUAACAUAUCAGACAGGGAUGAAAAUAGCACCAAGUAUAAAAGGAUAAUUAACAAAAAUGCUGUCUCUGAUAAGUUGCGGAUUGGAAGAAAAUUAAAAGGAAAAAUUGUAAAAAUUGAAAAAAAACAAUCGACGACCGAAUUUAAGAAAGUGCAGAAUGCCCCUGAUAACAGCGAACAAACAAUUAAGAAACAAAACAAAGAGAAAAAUGAAAAUUCAAAUUGUUCACCUACUACCUCGUACACUUUGACCAAGAUGCAAACGUUGUUAGUAUUAAAAAACGCCAAAGAAAAAGUGUCGAGCACAUUAGUGGGUCUCAUGGAUUUGGAUAGCAUCCGCGAUCAGUUGAAAGAUAAAAAUAUUGUGAUACAAUUAAUCGAAAAGACUUACGAUUGUAGCAAAAAAGGCUACAAUAAAGCAAUGGCAUACUUUUAUGGACGCAUGAUGGUAAAAGAGAAUAAAGAAGGGAAACGAUGGGAACUUGUUCUAAUUAAUAACAAAGCGACAGAAGUAACUUGGAUGAAUAACAAUGUUUCGAACGGUUCAGAACCUUUAAAUAAGUCGGAUAUUUGUCAGCAGCCUACGGUUUGUGUGCAUUUGUUAGUAACAACCGAUAAACAUAGUAAAAAGACGACGCGUGUCAACAUCGAACACAUUCCUUCUUCGCAUUGUCCUUUCUGCAACAAGACGAUCGAAACGAGCUUGCAAGUGCAUUUAUGUCAAGUGCAUGUACCCGAAACGACCAUCGGUUUCGUUUGUAGCCAAUGCGAACUUAAUUUUGACAGCAUGACACGUCUUCAGAAGCAUUUGAGAAUUCAUUCAAGAAGUUACAGAUUCGAAUGUGGGACUUGUAGUAAGAAAUUCACAAGACAUACUAACUGGCAGCGUCACAUGGACGUACACAAAAGUGCUAGUGAAGUGGCGUAUCAUUGUGACAUUUGCGGUUGCGGCUUCAAUUACGCAUCGUCCCUUACCCGACAUAUUGUGCAAAAACAUAUCAGUAAACGAUGAAAACUAUUUCUAUUAAAGUGCCAUUCAAACUAAACAAAACAAAAAGAUUUAUAACGAAAGUUGGAUAGUAAAAAAAGUAUACUUACCUUUCUUUUUGUAAAAAUAUUUGUUUAAAUUACAUUGCCUAAGUAUGCCUAAA